AAAGUCACACUAUCCCUACCCACACUUCACCUUACACGUGUCACCAUCUCACUCCCCCUUUGCUUAAAUACCUCCUAACUUCAACCGUCUGAUUCAUCCUUCUCAAUUCUUCCUCCAUUUCCACUUCACCUUUCUUGGUUUUUUCUCAUCUCUAAUUCACAUAUCAACAAAUUUUUCAUUGUUAUUUCACUGUUUUGAGUGAAAAUAAAUUCUUCGUUUUCUUAAAGAUGUCGACUUUUCAAGAACCAGAUGAUGAGUGUGGUACUUCAGAGCUUAGCAAUGGAGUUACCGAUGAGAAAAAAGUGGUAUUUUCAGCUUUAAAACAAGAACCAUUUGAUUCUGAUCAUCAAAAUUUGGUUCCGUCAAUGGCAGCCACCCCACGGCGGUCUUCCACGAAAGACCGCCACACAAAAGUAGAGGGACGUGGCCGAAGGAUCCGAAUACCCGCCACGUGUGCGGCUCGGAUCUUUCAGUUGACCCGAGAAUUAGGUCACAAGUCUGAUGGAGAAACUGUUAGGUGGUUGCUUGAACAUGCAGAGCAAGCUAUUAUUGAAGCUACUGGAACCGGAACUGUCCCGGCGAUAGCGGUUUCCGUUAACGGGACACUUAAAAUUCCGACAAGUAAUGGGGAGAUUGACGAGAAUAAUCCUGUGAAACGUAGAAGGAAAUCAACGAACUCGGAGUUCGUUGAUGUGGGAAGUUUGAAUAAAAGUGGAGCAAAUGUUUCACAAUUUGCUCCUGUGACCGUAGCUGCGGCCCCCACCGCUCCUCCGCAGGGAUUAGUACCCGUGUGGGCAUUGAGCAGUGGGGGUAUGAUGGUACCAUCCAAUGCCAUUUGGAUGAUACCAGCUACGGUCCCACCAGCUCAAUUAAACGUCAGUGAUAAUAACAACAACAACAAUAAUAAUAACGUCUUUCAGUAUCCUCAGUUAUGGACGAUCACUCCUUCAGUGACACCUGUUUUUAAUUUGGCCACAAGGCCGAUAUCAUCUUUCGUGGCUGCAACAGCCACGAAUAUUAAUGGUCCGCCACCAAUAAUGAUGGCAGGACCGUUAGGUAUGAAAGAGGAAGUGGUAACAACUAGGGGGCCUAAAGUUGGGUCGAACGCGUCUAGCAUGGCCCCAGCUAGUUUAAGUUCUAGUGGAGAUAGAAAUAACAAGAAUAAUGACGUUAAAACUCAUAUGUUGAGAGAUUUUUCACUUGAGAGUUAUGAUAGAAAAGAGUUACAGUUUAUGAGUCCAAGUGUAAAUCAUCAACAAGAAGAUCAAGUUACAUCUUCAAAGCCAUGAAGUCAUGAAGAUAGAGUUGGCGGAUUAAUGGGCGAUCAAGAAGGCCCACGGCUUGGACCGGUGACCUUCAUUGCACUUGGAAGGAUGCCUGCUUAACGUCAGUUCAGGUGGUCGAUCCUAUGUCAUAAUUUAUAGCAGUAAAGAUAGAGACAGAGUUUAGACCAAAUAUGCUCGAAAUACUCUGUAUGUACAUACUAGAGGAGAUUAGCAAUCCACCUUCUUUUAUUUUUUUUGAUUUCCGCAAAACUAAUGUUAAUUAGAGGUUGAAUGAUCUAUAACUCUACUCAGAAAAUUUCCAGUAAAUCAGAUAAUAACUGUUAAUGAAAAUGUUUCUUUUCCAUCAA